UUGUGGCAGUUUUUCUCGGGGCUGUGAUCGCGAUGACAGCAGUGUUUGGAUUAGAUCCUGAUUUUCAGGUUGAUCUGAUCAGAGAGUUGGAUUUGGCCAAUGCGACACAUGGAAUAAUUCAAACUGCAGGUCUUCACAACAGCAGCAAAGCCUUUCUCUUUCGAGAUGCACAGAGAAUCAUUCAGGUUCCCUCUCAAAUCACAGAACAAAUACUGGAGUUGCUCAGAAACAAAAAUGAAUUCACGUUCAUGGCUUCCAUCCAGCAGAAGGCAUCCACAUCUGGAGUUCUCUUCUCCAUCCACGAGUCUGAGUACAGCUACUUUGAACUGGAGAGUAGUGGACUUCAGGACGAAAUUCGCUACAAAUACCGCCACAAAGGAAAACAGCGAGCUGAGACUUUCCCAUAUAGACUAGCUGAUGGUCAAUGGCAUAAAAUUGCUUUGUCUGUUAGCGCCAGUCAUUUACUGCUUCACGUGGACUGUAACAGGAUAUACGAGAGAGAGAUAGAUGCUUCUGAGAUGGAUUUGUCUGCAGGAAGUGGGAUUUGGCUCGGACAGCACAGCCACAGACACGGACUCUUCAAGGGUUCUAUGCAAGACGCCAAAUUAAUCUUUUCUUCCAAUGGCUACAUUAUGCAGUGCCCCAGCCUCAAUCGCACAUGUCCAACAUGCAGUGAUUUUCUCAGCCUCGUGCAAGGAAUAAUGGAUCUGCAGGAGCUUUUGACUAAAAUGACAUUGAAGUUGAACUAUGCUGAAUCCAGGCUGAGUCAGUUGGAAAGUUGUCACUGUGAAAGGACGUGCAGUGUGAACGAUGUGGUGUAUCGGGAUAAAGAACUCUGGACUGAAGCAGAAAACUGCAGAACCUGUGCUUGCAUGAAUGGUGCUGUUGAGUGUCGGAGAAUAUUUUGCCCCCCUGUGAACUGUUCAGAGGAUUCGUUACCUGUUCAUGUGGAUGGAACGUGCUGUAAGAAAUGCAGAUCUAAAUGCAACUAUCUGGGCCAAACUCUUUCAGAGGGUCAGCGCAUUUUCCUACAGAGCUGCAAAGAGUGCAAGAAUGGCAUGAUGGAGUCAGUGAAUGAAAGCUGCCCGAGUCUCAACUGCACAAUAAACGAUCAGAUUUUGCCAGAGAACAGAUGUUGCAACGUCUGCAGAGGUCAUGAUUUCUGUGCAGAAGGAGUUCUUUGUGGAGAAAACUCUGUUUGCAAAAAUCAGAAUAACAAAGCGGAAUGUGAAUGCAAGAGUGGAUACACAUCUAUCCAUGGAGACUCAACAUACUGUGAAGACAUAGAUGAGUGUUCCACACAGAUGCACUACUGUCAGGCCAACACAGUGUGUGUUAAUUUGCCCGGAGGACAUCGAUGUGACUGCCUUCCAGGAUUCUCCAGAGUAGAUGACUUCUCCUGCACAGAGCGUGACGAGUGUGUUAGCGGUCAGAGUUCGUGUGACGACAAUGCCAUCUGCACUAACACCAUCCACGGCCACUUGUGCACCUGCAAGCCAGGAUUCAUGGGUAACGGCACCAUCUGCACAGCAUUUUGUAAGGAUGCCUGUCUCAACGGAGGAACGUGUGCAUCUCCAAACACAUGUGUGUGUCCUUCAGGCUUCACUGGACGCCUCUGUGAGACAGAUGUUGACGAGUGUGUGGAAGGUUUUGCUCAGUGCCACACACACUCUCUAUGUGCCAAUCUGCCUGGAUGGUACCACUGUCAGUGUCGGAGCGGUUUCCAUGACGACGGCUCUCACCUGCCCAACGGCAGCUCCUGCGUGGAUAUUGACGAGUGUACCAUGCACACACACACAUGCUGGAACGACUCGGUGUGUGUGAACCUGCCAGGAACCUUCGACUGUGUGUGUAUGAACGGCCCAGAAUGCACUGGGGACUGCAUGCAAGGUGACGAGCUAAAACACAAUGGAGAAGAGUGGAGCCUCAACCACGAUCGCUGCACUGCGUGCACCUGCAAGGAUGGCAGAGUGUUUUGCAGGCGGAUAGUGUGUGACUGUGCCGCUCCUGACCUGGAUCUGUCCUGCUGUCCAGAGUGUGACACGCGCCAGAGCAGUCAUUGUGUUCAUCAGAACGGACACACACUUUACCACAGCGGAGAAUCCUGGAUCUAUAAUUGCCAGCAAUGUCAAUGCCUGGAGGGAGAGGUGGGGUGUGUAUCCCUCUCCUGUCCUGUCCUGCUGUGUAAUCACUCGACCGUGAUGGAGGGAGAAUGUUGUCCACGCUGCAUUUCUGACCCCUGUAUCAAUGACAUUGAGACCUCUGACCCCAGGCAGACGUGUCAUGACCCUGACGGCAUCACCCGCCUCAGCGGAAUCAUUUGGCACGACCCCAAUGCACCAUGCACCACCUGCACAUGCAAGAAUGGGAAAAUCUGCUGCUCUGUCGAUUUGGACUGCAUCCAGAACAAUUAAACAUGUCACCUUGUCAUCGGCAAGAUUUUAUUUCCCCUCCUCCUGGACCAGCCAGAUUUUCAGAAGUCUUGCAAGAAAUAUAAAAUGCUCUUUUCUCCUUCUGGAUCCCAUCUGUGGCGCUGAC